AGAUGGAUCAGUCGAUGCAGUACCAGCAAGAAAUGGCUCGCUUACAAGCGCAACGACAACAGCAACAGCGAGACCAGGAUUUUGGUGAAAGUGACGGUGACAGCGAUGAUGAUGACGAUCAACCAGGACAAAAGCGCGCCAGAAAAUCCGGAGAGUUGCCGGACAGGAAGGAAAAGCACAAAGUUGUAGAGCAGAAGCGUCGAGAAAAGACGAAAGAGCUUUUAGCUGAUUUGCAAGAUUUAUUGCCAAACACCGAAGAUGCCGGGGCAACGAAUCUCACCAUGAACACUGUACUCCAAUGUGCGAUUGACUUCUUGACGCAACGCCAAGCGAACGGUGACAGCAAGGACACUGCUGCAGACGACUCGAAUGCCAACAAUGGUGGAUUGGACAUCGAUGUUGCUUACAGGUCUGGGUUCAUGAUGGCAUCUAUGGGGAUCGCCUAUGCAGGUGUGGAUGGAACAAUCCUCGAGGUCAACCCUGCUUUUGCUACGAUGCUAGGAUACAGUGCGGACCAAAGGCAUAAACUCAUUGGACGCACUCUAUUUUCCCUCACUACGCCACAAGAUAUGCAGAACACUCUCAAAGCUGUAUCAAGACUGCUCUCUGGCGAACUUACACACACAACGUUGACUGAGCACUGCAUUCGUCAAGAUGGAAGCUCUGGCUUCUUCUCCGUGGAGAUGAAUUGUCUGUGGAAGAACAACAAGGCCCACUGCAUCGUUUGUUUCAUUCGUCCAGCUGAUGAAGGUCCGCAAACUCGCCAAUCCAUGCCAUCCAUGGAUGCCAUGGGAGGAUAUAAUCAGGGCAUGAGCGCACAGGGCAUGCCUGGCAUGCCGAUGCAGGGCAUCCCCAUCUCUGAUUCGAUGGGUGGCCAGAUGUCGCAUUUGAAUCAAGUGAACAUGAACGGGAAACCUUACUAGAGAACAAGCCAGUUCGAUGACACGUCUCUUCGCUUCGUCUUCACUUCCUUUUUUGUGCUUGUGUGAGCUGUUUUUGCUAUCAGUAAAUCGUCCAUGAAUCU